AUGGCAACAAUGGUGGUGGGGAAAGCAGAGUUAUGCUCAGACGUGAUGGCUGUGGGGAAUAAUGUUUGUCAAUCCCCAAUGACUUGCUAUAACGCAUGUAUUCAGAGGCAUCCAAAUGGGAAGCCAUCGUGCCAGCAAAACACAUGCAUGUGCAUUUACGAAUGUGCCCUUCCUCCCCCAAGGAAAUGUAAUGUGGGUUUAGGUAGGUGCUUUACUGGUUGUGAUGAUAAAUGUUGUAAAUCGAAGUGUGCUUUUGCCAAACUUGGUGGUGUUGGCUUCUGCGAUGACACUCUGGGGAAACAAAAUUCUCUGUGUCAAUGCCAGUACACUUGUUAA